UGUCUUGAAGAAGCUGCUAUCUUGCACAGUGGUUCCCAAUUGAGAGCACUUUUCAUUAUUAUACUUACUCAAUACACUUCUGCCUAUCCAAAAGAGUUAUGGCUAUAUUUUCGCAUUAAUAUUUGUGAUAAUCUUCAGUAUCGAUUAUGCAAAAAGCAUACUAUUGAUAAGCCUACUGAUGAACAAAUAUUUGACUUUGGACUCUUCCUUCUAGAUGAGUUGCUUUAUCAGUCUAAUCAGUCUUUUAGCAUGUUUUUAUCAAUAUCUCUUUGGAUGCACAAUUGGGAAGAUUAUAAUGGAAACUAUAUUAUUGUAGAACAAUUAGCAUAUAAUUAUCAAGAACCCCAAGAUAUUGUUAAUAGUUGUAUUUUAUAA